UCAGGUUUCACGGCCGUCAACCGUCAUCCAACACAGCUCCUCACGCCACGAUCAUCAGCGACGACACGAAGCCAACAAACUCAGCCUCGACUAAGAGCAACCGGCAACCGCAGACUGCGACACAAUCCUGCAGUUGCUCAAUACCUUGGGCUCGGUAGUUCUAAUGAGCCGACACAUCUCGUGAAGUAUGCGCCUUUGCCAGUUGUGCUAGAAAGCCCACCUCCUAGCCCUGCAAGGAAGCGACGAAGGCUGGCCGAUGGCGAGAGCACAUUGGGCUACACGAGGAAAAAUGCAAACGACAACCAUGGUUCGAAUCAGAGACGUGUCUCGGAGAGCUUUCGUGUGACAAAAACUACCCGCAAGUCUGCCUUAGUCAUGGCGAAGACGCCUGCAUCUGAGAGCUCACGACCACUGUUCGCCUACGCAACGGGCACUCAAACUUCUCUCACUGAUGGAAAUCUUGAUGCAAUUUCAAAGCAGGGCCAGCCUGUCCAGAUCGCCCAAAGCACUAUCUUGAAGAAUGAUAACUCUAAGUCAGCUCGAAGUAUCCAUCAUGACACUCACCAGAUUGAUGGCUCAAUCAUUGACGACGAUGACUUUGAUAACGAUAUCAAUGACGAUGAUCUUCUGCUACUCACCUCUGAGUUACAUGACAAGGUUAGCGACAAAGUUGACGAAAUUUCAUACGCAUCAGCCGAGUCGAGCACCGUGUUUGAUGAUACCGAGCAACAUCUUAGCCAGGGCUCAACUACAGACACGGCCAUUAUGUCAAAGCCAAACACUAGCAUCUACAACUCUCAACCCCUUUCCAGAAAAUAUGUAUCGCCAGUAACUUUGACGACUCGACUGCUAGCCGCAACUGGCAACAUGGGUGUCAUAAAGAUUCGGAAACCCAUUGUUAGACCAUCGUUCCCAGACUCUGUCCGCGACCGCUCGCCUAUCAUAGGCUUGACAUCAUGCACGCUAUUGAAGACGUGCUUUCGCAUCGGUGAGGCGAUCAAUCAGAGCUGUCAAGCCUCAAGGUCCGGCAAGCGUAUCACCGUCGAGCUCUAUGCCCGCGUGCUUGAUUCGGAGCGAACUGAUACGAAGCAACAUUUCACCUUCUGCGAUCUCUUCCACCCCAAGCCGCCCCACAUCAAGGCUGUGUACGAAGCUGCUAUCUGGGAAUCGGUGCCACUCUACGAGUACGACAGCAGGCGUCUGUUGCAAGAAGGGAGAAUCUGUCGUUGCAUUGGGACGAUGAGGCGCGAUGGAAAAGCGUGGGUGAUGACUGUGCUGAACAUCUGGGAGGCGACGUGGGACGAUAUCGAGUGGGUCGAGGGCAUCGUUAAUUUCUAA